GGUCGCCAUCAUGAGGACGUCACAGCAUUAACUAAACUCUGUCUGUUGCUGUCAUUCCUGGAGGAUGAACCCUCCAGCGUUAGGGCAGUCAACUGCCCUAUUCCCUAACCCAGAGCCUGCAGCUGGGAGUGGGAAAGCCGCAGUCUUCUUGGGUGGCUCAUCGGGGCUCACCAGCUCUGAUAUGGAGCUCCAGAAAAUGCUCAUUGAUGAGAGAAUGCGCUGUGAGAACCACAAAACCAACUAUCAGACUUUGAAAGUGGAGCAUACCAGGCUGCAGGAUGAAUAUACUCGGGCACAAAAUGAACUGAAACGGUUGCUCGGCGAUCGUCAAGUGGGUCAGGAGAAACAGCAGCUACUGAUGGCUGAGCUGAGAGGAGAACUGCUGGAUAAAACACGUGAGCUGGAGGAGCUCAAAUUGCAGGUGAUGACCCCUCAGCGACUGGAGCUCUUGAGAGCACAGGUGCAGCAGGAGUUGGAAGCUCCAAUCAGGGAACGUUUCAACAAUCUGCAGGAGGAAGCUGAGAAUUACAGAUCCGAGUACAAUAAAGUUCGGUAUGACCUCACCUUCCUCAAAUCUGAGUUUGAACACCAAAAAGAGGAACACGCUCGGCUUCUGGAGGAGAGAAGAAUACGACAUGAAGCAGAUGUGGCACGUCUUGAGCGUGAUAAGGAGGAGCUGGCCGCUCAGCUUCAGAGUGGAGAUCCUGCGCGGGAUGGGAAGCGUGUGGAAGCUCUGCUGAGGGAGAAAGCUCAGCUCCACCAACGACUCAGAGGUUUGGAGGCCGAAGUUACUGAACUCCGAGCCGAAAGGAACAACUCAGGUGCUCAAGCCGAAAAUGUACAGCGGAUACAAAUCCGACAGCUAGCCGAGUCCCAGUCUACGGUUAAGACGCUGGAGGCAGAAAAGCAGUCUAUUCGUAUGCAGUUGGACCGGACAGAAAGCGAACUCCGUCUAUCUCAGGAACAAAACACACUCCUCACAGGAAAACUGCACAAAGCGGAGCGAGAAAUCAACUCGCUCAAAAGUCAGGUUGAAGAAAUGAAGCACACGCACAAGCUGGAGUUGAGUAAUGUAAAACUAGACUGUGUCAGAACCAAAGGAGAGAUUGAAAGGGAGAGAGACAUACUGCACAGCCAAGUGGAGGGUCUGCAGUCAGAUGUUGAGGUGCUAAAAGCUACGUUGGAAAGAAACAAAGAGUUGAUAUCUGAAAAGGAGCGUGAGAUGGUGCGAAGGGUUCAGGCGGCAAGAGAAGAGGAGAUACACAGGAUGGCCGCCCUUCAGGAGGAGAAGUUGGAGCUGGAGAACCGUUUAUCUGAACUUGAACAGAAGAGAGCUCUUCAGGAGGCAACAGGGAACUCUCAGAAAGAAGAGUGGGAGGAGCGUCUCCGUGCUGCCCAGUUGGGGGAGGAAACUGUCCGUAAGGAGCUACAGAACCUGAGAGCUAAAGUUCAGCAGCUGGUCCAACAGCUGGAAGAGCUGGAGACCUUGAGAGCGGAAAAUACAGAUCUGAGACGACAAUGUGCUGAGCUGAACUUGCAGAUCGGGACUCUCUCACACUCUGAGAGUGAGCUGCUAGAAACCAACAGCAGAUUGAGAGAAAGUCUGGAGAGGGUGAGAGAGGACCUACGGAGCGCUCGCACGCAAAUGGAAAUGACCCAACAGGAGGCCGAGAGACUGGUAGAGGAAAGGCGAGUGGAAUGGUUGGAAGAGAAGCACAAACUACAGGAAAGAGAGGCAGAACUACGGGAAAAAUACAGCCAGACUAAAGAGCGACUGCAGAGGGCGGCAUUUGCUCAGAAAAAGAGGAAGACCAUGACUGAACUUAAGGAGAAGAAACUCCAAGACAGGAUUCAGCUCCUUAAAGCCAAAAUAGAAGAACUUGAGAUAGAAGCAAGCGCAGCACAAAAGAAAUCUUCUUACUCUGAAGAACAUGCUCAGCUCAACAAGCGUCUAAAGGAGCUGCAGAGAAGACACAAUGAGUUUCGUCGUCUGUUGCUGGGCAACCAGAUGACCUCCACCCCUCUGGCACCGUCUCUCCUCAUCCCAGCAGAGUCCAUCUUCACAAACCUACAGGAGGAGCAGCAUCAGAGGGAACUCUCUGUGCUUCGAAGACGCUUGGAGGAUCUGGAAUAUAGUCAGCAACAGCAGCUGGAGGAGCUUGCUCCUCCUCUGGACAGAGAGAGACUCUCAAGCCCAUGGGACACCCUUUCUGACCUCUGACCUCUCCUGACAACUACCUGUGUGAUUACAUUCACCCUGUGCCAAAACUCCCAUGUAUUGUGUUAUAUUUGGAAGCUUGUCUUUUAUCAAAUACCUUGCGGUGCUGAGCAGCAUAAUGUCUGAUGUUUUGAUAAAACCUGUUGCAUUAUUUAUUGUUUGUCUGGUGGUAUUUUUAUUAACUGAGCACCUUUUUAAAGUUUACAUAAUUUGUGCCUCGUGUUGCUGUUGUUUUCUUCCACAAAUUUAAAUGCUGAAGAGGGUUUUUUGUUUUGUCUGAAAAUCUGUUUAUUGAAAAUAUUUACUAACCUAAAAAGCAAUGUUUUACACAUUCUUAUAUUCACUAGACCUUUAUAAAUUCAGAUGUGCACCUACAU